AUGGCUGCUCCCGUGCCUUUUGAUCGCGCCCCACCAACGACAACCGCAUACGUGAUUGCGACCGGUAUCAUCGCCGGCCUCGUUGGAUAUUUCAUUGGCCAAGGCGCCUCGCUUGGCCUGUUCCACGAGAAAAAAAACUACGACGUUAAGGUGCACCGCGACUCCUCGGAUGAGGAAGAUGAAGAAGCAGAGGACGAUAGCGAAGAUGAAGGCAACGGCGAGGAACUGGCGCACUUCAAGGAUAACGCCGAGGAGGUGAAGAUGGUGCUGGUCAUUCGGACAGACCUGGGCAUGACCAAGGGCAAGAUGGCCGCGCAAGCCUCUCACGCCUCCCUCUCCUGCUACAAAUAUUCCAAAGAGCACCAGGCCGAGUCCCCGAUCCUGUCGCGCUGGGAACGCGGUGGCCAAGCGAAGAUCGCGCUACAAAUCAAGGGAGAGGAGGAGCUACUGCUGCUACAGGCGCAGGCUAUGAGUCUGGGACUCUGCGCGCGCGUGAUCCAGGAUGCUGGUCGCACGCAGAUUGCUGCUGGUAGCCGGACGGUGCUGGGUAUCCUGGGACCGAAGAGUGUCGUGGACGGCGUGACCGGCCACUUGAAGCUUCUGUGA